AUGGAUGGACCCCGGAUAUUAUGUUUAGUGACUACCAGUCCUACAAACGCGGCCACAAAAGCGGUGGCAGUAAAUGAGACGUGGGGCCGGAGGUGCCAUAUAUUGAAUCGACAAGGAAUUGUGGAAGUCUAUCGGCGCUACGAUGGACAGUAUGACUGGCUGUUUAAGGUGGACGACGACGCCUACGUAGUGGUCGAGAAUUUGGCGCAUUUGGUGGACGACGACGCCUACGUAGUGGUCGAGAAUUUGGCGCAUUUGGUCAGUCAGUACAGACCUACUGAUCCCAUUUGUUGUUUGAAGGGCAGUGGUGUAGUAGUGGGCGAUGCAAGGGAUGAAUUAGGUGAACCAAGGUUCUUUCAUUUUGAGCCCGAGUAUUGGUUAAAUCCAUAUAAAACUAUAUACGAACGAUGGGCUCCCAUGAAAAAAUAUCAAACUUAUAAUUAUUCAGCCGGUAUGAAGUGUUGCAGUUCAACCGCCAUAUCCUUUCACUACAUAAAGCCCGAUGCCAUGUAUGUCAUGGAGUACCUGAUAUAUAAGUUACGGGUCGUGUAA